AUGAAACAACAACUGUUCUACGUGCUGACACGCCUGGUGCUUGCCGACAGUCGCGCUAUCGCAGAGGUUCCCGGCACAGUCCUCACCACCUUCGAGGCGGCAGACAUCGCAGACGGCAUGCCGGCGGCCCUGCGCGAAGCAGGCGAGGAGUACGGCGCGCAGAGCAAAGGAGUGGAAGGAGAAGCAGCCCCGGGGCCCGGGCAUCGACUCGGGCCCGAGGGGGGCCGCCGCACGUGCAGAUUUUUCUCGCCGCGGGCGCCGUCUGGUCCGCGAACACGUUGGAAGGGGGGAGCUGCAGAAGGGUCGGCGCGAGUUCUGGGAGAAUGCCGUGAUGAGGCCUACCCUUUUGUGGAGGACGAUCAAUGGAGAGGAAGCGCGUUGCCAAAUGAUUUCCAGAUGUCUAGAGAAUGUAUGAAAACUGUUUCAAACAUGGAAAACAAUGUUCUAAGCAUGGUCAGGACACUGUUGCCGACAUGUUAA